GGUCAGUGGGGGAACUAAUUCUUAACCUCUUGUACUUACAAAUCUUGAAUUGCGGAAUUUUUGGAAAAAAAUAAAUUGUUUAACAACUUAAUCACGAAGAGUGAUUAAAUGAUAAAGGAAAUUGCAAUUUCCGUAAAUUAAGGAAAUAGCGAAAACAAAAAAUAAUGGCAACUUCCCGAGUUAACCAAAUUCUGAGACAAAAACGUUUUUUAUAUAAUUUACCAGCAAUUCCCAUAUGUUGCUCCAAAUUUCCUUCCCAUUCGCAAGUUUUCUAUUCAAAUCAGAGUCAAAAUGUGCCAGCAAAAAGUGAUCGAUCAAAAUCGAGAAAUCAGAUCCAAACCGGAUUUGCGGAAGUAGUAAAAGAGAACACAAAAUCAGCUUGGUACUUGUGUGUUAUUAUUGGAGGAGUUGGAGUAACUGCUGGUAUUUUUUAUACAAUAUUGAAAGAAUUAUUUUCCGAGAGGAGUAUAAAUGGAAUUUAUAAUAAAGCCACGAAGCGAUGUUUACAAGAUUCGCGAAUUUUGGACGCUCUUGGGGAACCAGUUAAGGCAUACGGGGAAGAAAGUCGUCGAGGACGACGAACUCACGUGAGACACAAUAUUAUCAUGCAAAAUGGAAUUAAGCACGUGAGAAUGCAAUUUUACGUUCAGGGAAUCCGAAAAAGGGGAACUGUACACUUAGAAGUCAAGGAGACACAAUCUGGAGAUUACGAGUACGUUUAUUUAAUCGUAAAAUUGGAAGAUAUGUUCCGUUCAACUAUUAUUUUGGAAGAUAUUCGGAAUUCCGCGCCAACUAUAACUGCAACUAAUGAACUGACAUCUCCAAUGUUUUAAGUAUAUAAUAUUUACAAAACAAAACUCUAUAAUGGAACAAAAAAAAAUCCGAAUUCGCGAAUUUCGAUAAAUCGCAACUAGUCGUUCAUCAACUUCCUGUAUAUAUAAUUUUUCAUUUUAUAUAAAACUUUUUAAAUACUGUUGUUGAAUUAUCAGCAAGCGUAAUUUACGAUUUCGCCGAUAGUUUUAAAUAAAAGGAUAAAAAUAUUAUUAAAA